AUGCCUCCUCAUCACACACGUGCUAAAAAUGCUACCACCCAUCCGGGUCAGAUUGUUCUUGAUGCACAACGGAAACGAUGCACCAAAGCCGAAAAACAAGCAGACGAUGACCACUUGACAGCAGCCAGGGCAGAAAAGGAAGCAGAUGCCCUAGCAGGGCUCACCAGACUGGCAGAAAUGCAGGUCCAGAUAGAGGCUACACAGGCUCAAGCUGCUGACAAGCCCAAGGCAGGUCGCCAACCACAUGCCAGCCAAUCAGAGGAACCUUUUUCUAAAGCAGGUCGCCAGUAUGCCAACAAUAUGGAUGGUCCUGGUGAGACGUCAAACUUGAAGGAUCAGAUUUUCGAUGAAGAUGAGUCAUUGGGUGGUAGCAAUAUUGAAAUUCCAGGCGGUACAAAGCAGAAGUCAAAGAAACAAACACUUAAGGCAGCGAUCUCAAGUGUUAGGUUCUAG